CAUAAGCGACGGGUGCGCAUCCUAUUUAAUCUUCCCUCUCACCCACACAUCACCAUGCCCUUCACCCUCCUCAAACUCACCACCGUAUCUUCUAUUCCCCUCCACCACCGGCGUCAAUACUGGUGGCUAGGUCGCGCAAUCGCCACCAGGAGGUCUACGACGCCACCUCCGAUGUGCUCGAGCUGGUGGAGGACAACAACCUGUGCGACCCCAGCGCACGAUAAUAAUAGCAACGAUAAUAACAGUAAUAACAGACUAGGGUUUCGUGGUCAGAAAAAUUUGAGAUAUACGUCUAAAGAUAAAGUAGGAGGAAACGCAUUUAACGGUGGUAGAGUGAGUAUGGGAUCCGUAAACAAUGAUAACAGAGAUGACAAACGGGCAACGGAGAACGACCGCGGCUCCGGUGUCACGUCUACAUUGUCGUCGGACAACCACCGCCACCUAAAAUCGGCGCCGUCUAAACAGAAUCCGUCGACUAAAUUGCUCACGUUGCCUACGAUCUUAACAAUCGGACGCGUUGCGGCGAUUCCUGUUAUCGUUUGCACUUUUUAUAUGAAUAGUCGGCUGGGGACAACUGCCACCACAGGCAUCUUCAUUGCUGCAGCAAUUACAGAUUGGCUUGAUGGAUAUCUUGCACGAAAAAUGAACUUAGGAACCGCUUUUGGUGCAUUUUUAGACCCUGUGGCUGAUAAGCUUAUGGUGGCUACUACCUUGGUGUUGUUAUGUACAAAACCUCCGGAAGCUUCUAUGCUUGGAGAAUUGCCUUGGUUAUUAACUGUGCCAUCAAUUGCAGUAAUUGGUAGAGAGAUAACAAUGUCUGCAGUUAGAGAAUGGGCUGCUUCUCAGGGUAGUAAACUUUCCGAGGCUGUUGCUGUAAAUAAUUUGGGGAAAUGGAAAACAGCGACACAGAUGACUUCGUUGACCAUUCUUCUCACAAUUAGAGAUCCCAGUUUUACGGAGGUAGGGUUUCUGGGAGCAAGUGGUGUUGGUUUACUUUACGUAUCGGCUGGGCUAGCUUUAUGGUCACUGGUUGUGUAUAUGAAGAAGAUAUUGAAAGUAUUAAUUUCUUAAGAAAACCAAAAAAAAACAAAAAAACAAACAGCUGCUUCAGACUACUGGACACCUCUCAUGAAAGCUCUGCUGUUUUUUUUUUCCUUCUUAUAUUGUCUCUUUAUGCACUUGUGUUCUAUAUGAUAUGAUAUGGUAUUAUUAUUAUAUACAAGUUUCCUUAGGUAGCAGAGUUGAGAUGUCAAUUUGUUGUCUGUUCUGUCCUCAUGCUGAUGUUUUUGUUCUACCGAGGAAAACAACCUAGUAUAAAAAUCAAUAAUAUUUUUUUGUCAAUUCCGGGAGAAUCACCCUUGGUA